AUGUCUGGCGCAAGGACCCAGCUCGCUGAUUCAUCGACUUCUCCACCAUUAAGCGACAGUCGUCGUUUGGACUACUCUGGUCUGAAGUUUUCGUACGUGGAUGGUUCGGACGACGAGAGUGCCUCAUUGCAUUCGGAACUGCCUUCGUGUGUUUACGCCGCGGCCAGGUCGAGGCUCCAGCUCCCCUUGGCCGCAUAUGUACAUCAACACACCCGACAACUUCAUCCUGAUUCGUUGCUGGAAGCUGCAGCUGAGCCCGACUACCAAUGCGGAGGAUCGCCUUAUCGGGUGCAACGCGCCGCCGCAAAUGUACGCGAACGCCGACGGAUGCUGAGGUCCGGACCAAAUUGCAGUAUAAACUCGGCGUUCGAUGAGCUGCGUGUUCAUGUACCGACGUUCCCGUACGAGAAGAGGCUCAGCAAGAUUGAUACACUGCGGCUCGCCAUCGCAUACAUCGCUUUGCUUCGGGAGGUUUUGGAUGCAGACUACGAUCCAUUGACGUACGUAGAAAAAUGUCUUCGAGGUGAAAUAAAGGCAGAUCGAGCUCACUGGAAUACUAGCGAUUUGACCGCUAGACUGUCCUGGAUCAACUGGGAGAAUCUGGGAGUAAAUCCGCAACGGCGCAGUGUCCUGACUUCAUUGGCGCUUAGUUCCGAUAAUUUACAAUACGGGCACAACUAG